AGUGGAGGCGGUUGGUGGGGUUGGCGGGGCUCAGGGCCGCGGCGCGGGCGGCGGUUUGGGGACUGCGGGAGGGCCGAGCGGAGCGCACAGCGGCCCGCAGUGUGACCUCGGCGCGGCGCGGCGUCAGCGAUCGAACCCCGCGCGGCCGGGGCGCCCGCGACCGGGCCCAUGGCCUCCUCCUGCGCGAGCAUCGACAUCGAGGACGCUACGCAGCACCUGCGGGACAUCCUCAAGCUGGACCGGCCGGCGGGGGGCCCCAAUGCAGAGAGCCAGCGGCCACCAAACACCUACAAUGGGGACCUCAAUGGGCUCCUGGUCCCAGACCCUCUCUGCUCGGGUGACAGCUCCUCAGCAAGCAAGUCUGGCCUCCGCACCAUGCCACCUCUCAGCCUGCAGGAGAAGCAGGUCAUCUGCCUGUCAGGAGAUGACAGUUCGACCUGUAUCGGGAUCUUGGCUAAAGAGGUGGAGAUUGUGGCCAGCAGUGACUCGAGCAUCUCAAGCAAGGCUCGCGGGAGCAACAAGGUGAAAAUCCAGCCCGUCGCCAAGUACGACUGGGAACAGAAGUACUACUAUGGCAACCUGAUUGCUGUGUCCAACUCCUUCUUGGCUUACGCCAUUCGGGCUGCCAACAAUGGCUCCGCGAUGGUGCGGGUGAUCAGCGUGAGCACUUCGGAGCGGACUCUGCUCAAGGGCUUCACGGGCAGCGUGGCCGAUCUGGCCUUCGCGCACCUCAACUCGCCACAGCUGGCCUGCCUGGACGAGGCCGGCAAUCUCUUCGUGUGGCGCUUGGCCCUGGUUAAUUGCAAGAUUCAGGAAGAGAUCUUGGUCCACAUCCGGCAGCCAGAGGGCACGCCGCUGAACCACUUCCGCAGGAUUAUCUGGUGCCCCUUCAUCCCCGAGGAGAGUGAGGACUGCUGUGAGGAGAGCAGCCCCACGGUGGCCCUGCUGCAUGAAGACCGGGCUGAGGUGUGGGACCUGGACAUGCUCCGCUCCAACCACAGCACCUGGCCAGUCGACGUGAGCCAGAUCAAACAGGGUUUCAUCGUGGUCAAAGGCCACAGCACAGUGGGUGUAAAGCCAGGCUCUUUGGGUUCUUCCCAGUGUCUGAGUGAGGGGGCCCUCUCCCCAGACGGGACUGUCCUGGCCACCGCGAGUCACGAUGGCUUUGUCAAGUUCUGGCAGAUCUACAUUGAGGGCCAGGAUGAGCCCAGGUGUCUGCAUGAGUGGAAGCCUCAUGACGGGCGCCCCCUCUCCUGCCUCCUCUUCUGUGACAACCACAAGAAACAGGAUCCUGACGUCCCUUUCUGGAGGUUCCUCAUCACCGGUGCUGACCAGAACCGAGAGCUUAAGAUGUGGUGCACGGUGUCCUGGACCUGCCUGCAGACCAUCCGCUUCUCCCCGGAUAUCUUCAGCUCCGUGAGCGUGCCCCCCAGCCUCAAGGUUUGCCUGGACCUCUCUGCGGAGUACCUGAUUCUCAGCGAUGUGCAGCGGAAGGUCCUGUACGUGAUGGAGCUGCUGCAGAACCAGGAGGAGGGCCGGGCCUGCUUCAGCUCCAUCUCCGAGUUCCUGCUCACCCACCCCGUGCUCAGCUUCGGCAUCCAGGUUGUGAGUCGCUGCCGGCUGCGGCACACGGAGGUGCUGCCUGCCGAGGAGGAGAACGACAGCCUCAGCACUGAUGGGCCCCACGGAGCUAAUCCCACGGAGGCCGCGGCCGGCGUGCUCAUCAAGCUCUUCUGCGUGCAUACGAAGGCAUUGCAAGAUGUGCAGAUCCGCUUCCAGCCGCAGCUGAACCCUGACGUGGUGGCCCCCUUGUCCACCCACCCUGCCCACGAGGACUUUGCCUUCGGGGAGUCCCGGCCCGAGCUGGGCUCCGAGGGCCUGAACUCCGGCGCGCACGGCUCGCAGCCCGACCUCCGGCGCCUGGUGGAGCUGCCGGCUCCCGCCGACUUCCUCAGCCUGAGCAGCGAGGCCAAGCCCAAGCUGAUGACGCCCGACGCCUUCAUGACACCCAGCGCCUCCCUGCCGCAGAUGGCGGUGUCCCCCGGCGGCAGCUCCAGCUCCAGCUCCAGCUCGUCUCUCACAGCCGUGUCUGCCAUGAGCAGCACCUCCACGGCGGACUCUGCCUUGCCCAGGCCCCCCGAGGAGCUGGCCCUGAGCCCGAAACUGCAGCUUGAAGGUGGCCUGAGCGUGAGCAGCGGCAGCCUGCAGGGCAGCCCCCGCGGCCUCCUGCCCGGCCUGCUCCCAGGCCCGGCCGACAAACUCCCUCCCAAGGGGCCGGGCCAGGUACCUACUGCUGCCUCUGCACUGUCCCUGGAGCUACAGGAAGUGGAGCCCCUGGGGCUCCCCCAGGCUUCUCCCAGCCGCACCCGUUCCCCCGAUGUUAUCUCCUCAGCUUCCACCGCCCUGUCCCAGGACAUCCCCGAGAUUGCGUCUGAGGCCCUCCCCCGUGGCUUUGGCGCCUCUGCGCCUGAGGGCCUGGAGCCGGACAGUAUGGCCUCAGCGGCCUCAGCACUCCACCUCCUGUCCCCUCGGCCCCGCCCGGGGCCCGAGCUUGGUCCUCAGCUUGGCCUGGAUGGAGGCCCGGGGGACGGUGAUCGGCAUAGCACUCCCUCCCUCCUGGAGGCAGCCUUGACCCAGGAGGCCACAGGCGCUGACAGUCAGAUCUGGCCCACGGCCCCCGACAUCACUCGUGAGACCGGCAGCAGCCUUGGAGAAAGCCCCAGGAACGGACUCCAGGAGAAGCACAAGAGCCUGGCCUUCCACCGGCCUCCCUACCACCUGCUGCAGCAGCACGACAGCCAGGACGCCAGUGCCGAGCAGAGCGACCAUGAUGACGAGGUGGCCAGCCUCGCCUCUGUAGCAGGGGGCUUCGGCCCCAAGGUCCCCACACCACGGCUGCCCGCCAAGGACUGGAAGACCAAGGGAUCCCCUCGGGGCUCCCCAAAGCUUAAAAGGAAGGGCAAGAAGGAGGACGGGGAUCCGGCUGUGGGGUCCCGGCACACAGAGCACCAGGUGGUGGAACCCCCUGAGGACUGGCCGGCACUGAUCUGGCAACAGCAGAGAGAGCUGGUGGGGCUGCGGCACAACCAGGAGGAGCUGCUGCAGCGUCUGUGCGCCCAGCUGGAAGGGCUGCAGAGCACCGUCACGGGCCACGUCGAGCGAGCCCUCGAGUCCCGGCAUGAGCAGGAGCAGCGGCGGCUGGAGCGGGCGCUGGCCGAGGGGCAGCAGCGGGGCGGGCAGCUGCAGGAACAGCUGACACAGCAGCUGUCCCAGGCUCUGUCUUCGGCUGUGGCCGGGCGGCUGGAGCGCAGCAUCCGGGAUGAGAUCAAGAAGACGGUGCCUCCAUGUGUCUCUCGGAGCCUGGAGCCUGUGGCAGGCCAGCUGAGCAGUUCAGUGGCCACCAGGCUCACAGCUGUGGAGGGCAGCAUGAAGGAGAGUAUCUCGAAGCUGCUCAAGUCCAAGAACCUGACAGACGCCAUCGCCCGAGCAGCUGCAGACACGUUACAGGGGCCGAUGCAGGCUGCCUACCGGGAAGCCUUCCAGAGCGUGGUGCUGCCCGCCUUCGAGAAGAGCUGCCAGGCCAUGUUCCAGCAGAUCAACGACAGCUUCCGGCUGGGCACCCAGGAGUACUUGCAGCAGCUCGAGAGCCACAUGAAGAGCCGGAAGGCCCGGGAGCAGGAGGCGCGUGAGCCAGUGUUGGCCCAGCUGCGAGGGCUUGUCAGCACCCUGCAGGGCGCCACCGAGCAGAUGGCAGCCACCGUGUCCAGCAGCGUUCGGGCUGAGGUGCAGCACCAGCUGCACUUGGCUGUGGGCAGCCUGCAGGAGUCCAUUCUGGCGCAGGUGCAGCGCAUUGUCAAGGGCGAGGUGAGCGUGGCGCUCAAGGAGCAGCAGGCAGCAGUCACGUCCAGCAUCAUGCAGGCCAUGCGCUCGGCCGCUGGCACACCAGUUCCUGCCGCUCACAUUGACUGCCAGGCCCAGCAAGCCCACAUCCUGCAGCUGCUGCAGCAGGGCAACCUCAACCAGGCCUUCCAACAGGCUCUGACAGCUGCCGACCUGAACCUGGUGCUGUACGUGUGUGAAACUGUGGACCCAGGCCAGGUCUUUGGACAACCGUCCUGUCCCCUCUCCCAGCCCGUCCUGCUCUCCCUCAUUCAGCAGCUGGCCUCUGACCUAGGCACUAGAACUGACCUCAAGCUCAGCUACCUGGAAGAGGCUGUGAUGCACCUGGACCACAGUGACCCCAUCACUCGGGACCACAUGGGCUCCGUCAUGGCCCAGGUGCGCCAGAAGCUUUUCCAGUUCCUGCAGGCUGAGCCACACAAUUCCCUUGGCAAAGUGGCCCGGCGGCUCAGCCUCAUGCUGCACGGCCUCGUGACGCCCAGCCUCCCUUAACUAAGCCGGCUGUGCCUAAGAUGGCACCAGAUGCCAGCAAACAAGCAGGCCUAGGCCAGGGCAGGUUAUGUCUGCCCUUAACCUGCUCAGGCUCCCACUUCGGGGUGUUCACUUCGGGGUGUUUGGGGUGGGGGGAGUGCAGGUUGUGGUAGCAGCAGGUUUAGGCUGGACCCAGGUUGGAUAUUGUGCCUUCUUGGGUUCCACCAUGCCUGGAGCAUGACCCCCGAGAUCGUGACACCAUUUGAGUUGAAUUUUCCAUGUUCCUUUUUACCUCCAAUUUGGAUCUUUUUGUUUUUGAAAAACACUGAGAAAUUCGAUUAAAUGCUUUUGGAAUAAAAUGAAGCAUGU